AUGGUCUUGAUAUUUAUCUGGCUUCUCACACUGGUGAACAACCUCAAGACCUCCGUGGUAUACAGCCUAAGCGCUUAUGCGACGAGUUCUUUUGCAGGUCAUUCACUUUUGACCGUCAUCAAUAUCGUGGCAUCUUCAAUGACAGGCGCAGUUUAUAUUCCUAUGGCAAAAGCGCUGGACCUCUGGGGUCGCGCGGAAGGUAUUCUUUUGAUGACAGGGUUCUGUAUCCUGGGCAUAGUCAUGUUGGCUGCAUCCCAUAACCUUCCCACCUACUGUGCUGGGCAGGUAUUCUACUCAGUCGGGUUCGGAGGUCUCGCCUACAGUUGGAAUGUUCUGGCAACCGAUGUGACAAACCUGAGGAAUCGAGGACUGGCAUUUGCUUUUACCUCCUCUCCGGCAAUUAUAUCAGCUUUUGCUGGGUCUAAAGCUGCAGAAGGAUUUCUCGCUAAUGUUAAUUGGCGAUGGGGUUACGCAGUGUGGGCAAUUAUCUUGCCAGCGUUUGCCUUGCCCAUAUAUUUUAUGCUGGCCUACAAUCUGCGCAGAGCCGAGAAAGAAGGCAUUCUCGUCAGGGAAAGAAAGGCCUGGACUUUCAACCUCGAAACGGUAUGGUGGUUUAUCAAAGCAUUCGACUUGAUGGGGGUGUUCCUGUUUGCUGGCGGCAUGGUGGUAUUCCUUCUUCCAUUCACUCUGGCCAGUAUGGCACCCCAUGGCUGGCAGACUGGCUAUAUCAUUGCCAUGAUUGUGAUUGGGCUGGUCCUACUCAUCUCAUUUGGGCUUUAUGAGACCUACCUUGCCCCAAUACCGUUCCUGAACUAUAAAUUCCUCACCGAUAGGACCGUUUUAGGCGCAUGUCUCCUUGAUAUGACAUACCAGAUCUCUUACUACUGCUACGCCGUCUAUCUCCCGUCAUUUCUGCAAGUGGUGUACAAUUUGGACGUGGCCACAGCUGGAUACGUUGGAAAUACCUUCAGUAUUGUGGCAUUUGUCUUCUUGUUCUUCGCUGGCUGGCUCAUCCGUGUGACGGGUCGCUUCAAGUGGAUUCUCUGGAUCUGUGUACCGCUCUACAUCUUUGGACUUGGCCUCAUGAUUCAUUUCCGUCAACCUGGUGGAUACAUUGGAUACAUUGUCAUGUGUGAGGUUUUUUUCUCUGCCGCCGGCAGCAUUUUCAUCCUGUGUGUGCAGCUCGCCGUCCUUGCUUCGGUCGAUCACCAACAUGUUGCCGCGGUCCUUGCCUUGCUUUUCGUGAUGGGAAGUAUUGGCGGAUCGAUUGGCAGUGCUAUCUGUGGAGCUAUUUGGACCAACACAUUCUUAAAAAAGCUGGCGGAAACUCUUCCAGAAUCAGCAAUGCCCAAUUUGUCUCUCAUUUACUCGAGUCUUCCCCAGCAGCUCAGCUAUCCAGUUGGAACCCCCGAGCGAGACGCCAUUGUGAAAGCCUAUGGCUAUGCCCAACCAAGGAUGCUUGCAGCUGGUACUGCAUUCAUGGCUUUGGGCUUCAUAUGGGUUGGUAUGAUGAAAAAUCUGAAUGUCAAGAACAUGACACAGACAAAGGGGAACGUUUUUUAA